ACAGCGAACAUGGCAACUCUGGGUCAGGAUGAAGCAAGGAAGAGCUACAGUUCAAGGGGAGAUAGUGCGCUCGCUCUCUCUGCUGAAUGAAGAGUAAAGAGAAGAAAAGUCAGCACAACAACAAUAAAAUGGAGAACGGGGUAGGCCUAACGCUAGAGGUUGGAACGGUUCCAAACUUUAAAUGGACAGAUGCAAACACAGCAGAUCUGAUCCUGUGGCGCGUCAGUAAUACGGGAUUAUUCACAGGAAGGAAGAACACCGCUCUGCGAGCUUUCGAGUUGUUUGUGAAGGAGAAGCGGCUGGAGGGAAGAGUAACACCAGCAUGGGUGAAAAAGAAGUGGGAGAACCUCAGACAAAAAUAUAAGGACAUUAAGAGCCUGAGCAUGAUGGGAGGCGACCCACUUGUAGCUCCAUGGAAGUGGUAUGCAGGGAUGGAUCAGGCUCUAAGUGGUGAACUCAGUGUGGCUCACUCACUUCUGUCCAACAUGUCCAACUCCUUCUCUGUCCCCAUGCCCACAUCCAACCAGGAUGGUCCACCUGCCAAAAAGCGGAGGGAGCAGUACUGGCUGGCAGCUCUACAGGAACUCGAGAGGAGGCAGGAGGAGCGCGAGAGGCGUGCCGCCGAAAGAGAAGAGGAGAGGGAGCGCCGGGCAGCCGACAGAGAAGAAGAGAGGGAGAGACGGGCGUCUGAGCGAGAGGAGGAGAGAGAGAGGCAGGCCAUAGAGCGAGAGAAGAGGAGGGAACAAGAACUGCUCACCAGGCAGGAGCGCUGGGAGAUGGAGCUGGUGGCCAGAGAGGAGAAGAGGGAGAGAGAGUACAGAGAAAGGGAAGAACGGCGGGAUCAGGAAGCCGCCGGAAGAGAGGAUCGGCUGUUCAAGCUUCUUGAGACAUUCAUGUCCAAACAAUACAACAUGCAUUGAGCCAUGUUCGUGUCUCAGAAAUGUCUGCUUUCUAAUAAAUUGUACUCUGUUUUGUAUCUCA